CCCGCGUUGGAAGCUCCAUUCCGUGGUCUGAUCACCCCAGCAACCUGCACAGAUGAACGUGCAAAUAUCAAACGUAAUACUGUCUGUACAUACGGAUGUGUUGCUGGACACAACAUCGCGGGCGGAGAUCUAUCCGUAACCUGUCAGAUCGAUGGAUUAUGGCAAGGAACUGUACCUUAUUGUAAACCGGUCGUGUGUUCAAAGCUGACUGUACCUGACAAUGGUGGAGUGGUCCCAUCAUCAUGCUCACAAACAGACGUCGAGUACGGUACACGAUGUGUCUUCUACUGCAAUGAUGGAUAUGAACUAAGCGGUCCCAGGUAUACCGGAUGUCAAAAUGACACUUCAUGGACGGAGAUCGCUCCUCUGUCUUGUGUCAGAGUCUACACGGAUCCAUGGAUCGCGUGUCCAAUCGACAGAGUAGAAGAACUUGAGCCCGACAAGUCCACAGUGGUGCUUGGAUACAAGUGGCAGCUUCCACGAACCAAUAUGAAGAACGUGACAGUGUCGCCUAGCAACUAUGAUGAGAAUUAUCCCUUCCCUGUUGGUAACCACCGGGUCACGUGGAUGGGAACAAGUGACAGUGGAACACAGAUAAGCUGUAGCUUCCAUAUCUCCGUGAAUGGUGAGCUGUUAUUGCAAAGUUAUUUUGAGCUCGUACUUCUAAGUGCUUUAAAAAGAUGGUUAACUUAGCAUGGGUGACCAAAUGCGAGACUCCCCGUUAUUGUAGAGAAAGCGACAAAGAUAAAAACUGGUUAAAAAGAUACCGAAAAUG